AAAUGAUUUUCAAACGGCUCAUUUGAGAAGUCGCGCCGAGAAUCCGAAUCCACGUAAUGCCGUUUGUUCCGCUUGAUUAUGCACGCAAACAAGCGAGUGGAAUUUCACAGUCUCUUGAAUCAGCAAAUUCACUAUUGUACUAGUAUUUCUUAUCUAUCGUUCACAGCUCGCUUGAACUCGUGCCAAAAUCCAAAGUUUCAACUGGGAUUUUCCAAAAUUGAAUGUUGAUGAGGUGCUUAGCGCUUCAGCUUGAGCGGGGGCAGAACAACUGAUGGGAUGUUCCUCUUCUUAAGUGUCUGUUACACAACGUCUUUAAGAUGCUGGAUUUGCAUGCCAACUUAAGACCCCAUGCAAUGUAUUUGCUUGUGGCACUUCUUAGCGCGGAAAAUAAAUUUUGUGGCAUAACAGAAAGCAUAUUUGAUGUGGUGGACCUGCAACGCUUAUUCAUUGCUUAUUAAAUAAUCUCUUGUUGUUCCAGUAAGUGACUAGAAAAAUCAACAUUAUUAUUUGGUCUGAAUAUUUGCGGAAGCGCGCGUGAUUUUUUUUGUUGUUCAGGAAGUCUAGCGAGCAGCCGGCUUUUCCGAUGCCAAUUAAGUGAUUAAAUUAGAAACACAGGAGACAAUGCGUCCUUGGGCAUAAAUACACAUACGGUCAGACGACUUAAUAACCGGUUUGGGUUUUGCAUUUUUCCUGUUUUAAAACGGAUAAUAGAUUUAAUAAAAAAAUCAUUCAUAUAUCUUUAACUUUUUUUGGUUUUUAUUAUUAUCCAAUAUGGAUGUUUUCCCCAGCCAGUUCCGCUUGCAUGCUUCUGUCCCUACUGUAGGUGAUGCAAGUCAGCUAAUGAUGCUGCCGAUGGAACCGAUAAACAAGCAGCACCUCUUCAAUUACCCCCGGAGACAGUUGGCACAUUAAUUCAUCUUCCAUUUCCUCAUUUCCUCUCCUCAUUUCUCUUUUUAAGCAGACAAAUGUUGUUGCCAAUCCAUCUUGCGAAACAAGCACCGCAAUCGACGUUCUCUUUGAUGACCGAGCUUGACUUUUUAUUUUAGUGUUUUAAUAAUGGGAUGGAUCCAGAGCAGUUGAUAAAAGGGCCUUAAGGAUGGAUGGAGGAAAUUGAAAUCUAUUAGCAUACUAAACACUUCACAUGAAAGUGGCUGCUUCUUCUGUUGCACUCUUCCAUUCAAGAGUCUUUUUUUUUUUUCGGGACAAAUUUGUAAAUGCAGUUUCAUAUUUGAGUCACUGACUAUACUCUGACUAUUAUGUUAAGUCAUGAUGUUUGCCGCAAAGCAAUGAGGCAAAGCAGGAGUGCUCUCCAAAAUUGUGUUUACGUCCAAAAACAAAAAUGGCAAAAAAGACAUUUGGAAUCAACAAAUUAUGGAAUAAUUUGUAACACCAACACCCUGCUAAAAAAACAAAAAAAAAACAGGAUUCAAAGCAACAAAAAGGUGGCUGAUGUCAGAUUGACGAGCACAGGUAAAAAAGAAAGAGCAUAAAAAAAAAUCAAGACAUGCCACACAAAAAACAUGAAUGAAAAAAAACUAAAUAAAAUUUCAACAAAAACACAGAUCAUGAUUUAUUCUUUCAAUAAUAAUGGCGGACUGGAAAACAAAAAAACCCUCAUUUCCGAGGAAGUGACUCUCUUUUGCUGAAAUCUCUUUGCUCUUGGGUGUGAUCCAAUGAAAAAAAGAACCUCAGCGGUAUGUGCGUGACUCAAUCGCUGUCUGAAUUCAGCAAGCAGGAAUGCGUGGCAUCUUUCAGAGCAACGCCUCCUCCACGUGUAACGCACGAGACUCUUCUCAUGGGAAUUGAGUCGAACGUCGCAAGCAGCGAAGCACGUUUUCCCAGUUGGUUAAGGUGGCUUUUUUUUAAGGUUCUUAUCAUAAUAACGCAAGGGUUGAGGGGAGGGAAACAUGACAGGUCAAAGUCAAUGCCUGGAUGGCGAAGGGCUUUUCAGCUACUGAGAGUUUGAACAUUGAACACACUUCUGCCCGGCCGAAGAGAGCUUGCAACGAGUCGCGCUUGGAGUGGGAAGUGGAAGUCUGUGGUGAAGACUUCAAGCGUGACAUGGCUCACAUAGACCCUCAGCAUUGGUGUAACCUCACUCACUUUAUCAGUGAGUACCACAUCUUUACCCUCUGCACGGAGACCAAAUCCUUCAUCGUCCACUGCUACUGGCCCAAUCCACUGGUGGAGAGCUACAUCAUCCGCAUACACAAGCACUUUUUCGCCAAUUGCACUUUGGAUCAGGUGGUGUGGGUGGACCCUCCGGACAACACGUUGACCGUCCUCAUCCUUAUUCCUGUUUUCCUCACCUUGACUAUGAUUGCUCUUGUGGUGUGGUGCAGCAAGAGGAGCGACAACCUGGUUUAGGGGACAUCACCCGAACAUUUGUUACAGUGUUGGAAAGUUUGGGAGUUGGAUUUAGUUGGUCAUUUGAUCCGCUGGUUGUUUUAGCAAUCUAUCUUCUAAAGUCCUCGAGACAACAACAAAGUGUUCAAACAUUUCAGGGUGCCUUCACACAAGCAUCUACUAAUCAGUUUCAUGUUCUCCUUUCAUGUGUGAGCAAAAUACAUGGUCCAAAAGGUAAAUAACAAAAUCAGCAAAGAGCCAAAAGACGUAAUAGUGACUUACUGCACAUGUUUCCUGUUGAGCAUGUUAUUAGUUUGCAUGUUAUCUGAUAGAUGUUCGGAUUCAGAUAAUCAAGAUGUCCCCUUUAAGUGCACUCACUGACUUGCUGUUUUUUUUUAACUAUAGCUUCUUGGAUUGCCAAUACAAUUAAAGCUAUUGAUAAGAGACAGUUUUGUAGUCAAUUGUGCUGUUCCGCGUUCCAAUAUGUACACCAAAACAUCCUUUCGUGUUUUAAAUAUUUCUUUUCAUCAAUAACAAAAGAGCAUCCUUGCACAGGAUUUUUUUUUUUGUGUGUGAUUCAUUUUCGUUUGUUUGGAUUUCUAUUAGCAUGUUAAAAUAUAUUUAGAAAAAAAUCUUUUUCUGUCUCUCUUAAUUUAUGCCCCAAAAUAAUAUUCCACUUUUAAUAUAAAUAAAAUUAUAAAUAAAUAAAUAGGCAAACGUUUUUUUUUUUAUCUGUCUCACUUAAUUUAAGCCCAAAAAAUAGUAUUACACUUUUACCUUGUACAAAUGACAACAUGCUUUAUCCAAAAGUUUUUUGCUGUAUAUGAAGCUGUUCAUUCAGGCACUGGUUCCUCAUCUAAGUCGAGAAAGAGUUCAUGUAUAUUUGCCAAAAUUUCAAGCUAUUUAUUGUAUUUGCCUUCAAGUUACUAUACGUGCGAAACAAUAUUACCUGUUUAGGUUUGGAACAUUUCGAUGGAUGGAUGGAUUGGCCGGAUCAAGACCAGUGACCUUGGACUUUUCUUGUCAGUCAGAACACUGUAUCCUAGCUGAAGGCCAAAGCUGAUGGAACUCUUGGGAAAUAAAAUUCAAAAGGAUGAAAAGGAACCCAAACUUGGACUUAAAGGGAUUCUAUGUUUCCACACACUGCCGAGUUACUCAAGGGACAAGUCGUCACUGGAAAGGACAACAAACACGAGACAACAUUAGAAUUCAACCAUUUUUUUGUGGCUGUUUUAUGACUGAUCGCGAUGAAUAAAAUACUGUUUGUACACUGAGAA